AUGAUUUCUGAGGGUAUGAAUCCCGAAAAUCAGACAUUUUUCGAAAUGGAAGAGGAUCAUGAACGAUUAUGUGGUGUCGAAGGGAGGCUUCUCAAAGAAAAAGGCAAUAGACUUGUGCAGUGCUCCUCAGACGACGAAUGUUUGCCCCCUUCUCAAUGCCAUACUACCGGUUACUGUUGUAUGAUCGCUUUGAACCAGGAACCACCCCCAGUCGGGUGUCCAAUUGGGACCAGACCGCUCGUAAACUCUUCGGGAAUGGAACUCACCUGCUCACCGUCUGUACCAGAUUCCUGUCCAGGUGGCGCACUCUGUUACACGGACUCUCUGACAAAUGCAAAACGAUGCUGCGGGACCGAUCCUGGUCAAGGAUGCCCAUCUGGGUCUCGUGUCCUUCUAACAUCACUUGAGAAACCAAUGCUUUGCAUACCUGGGAAGGCCGAUGCAUUGUGCCCACGCGGAGCUCUCUGUCAGUGGAGCCACCUUAUCGAUAGAUAUCAGUGCUGUGAGCCUGAUAACGGCUGCCCACGACACCAAGCCCCUCUUAAAACAGUCGAUGGCGCAUCGCUGUUGUGUAACCCUCGUGGAGCACCAUGUCCAGAUGGUGCUGGGUGCCAUUUCAAUUUUUGGACGGCAUCCUAUCAAUGCUGUAAGAUGGAUACUGUAGAUCUAUGCCCAGCCGGUCAGGUACCGAUUUUGGCCGACUCCAAUGGAGAGCCGAAAUCAUGCCGGCAGAGCAUGGACUGUCCAACGAGCUACCAUUGCGCUGAGAACAAUAUUUGUUGUGGUUCACCGGGUACGUGUCCCGAAAAUCAACAACCGGCGAAAGACAAAUUCGGUCGGCUAACUGCUUGCACCGCUCGAAAUGGCAAUACAUGCCCAACUGGGUCAAAAUGCUUUCCGACUGGUUUUUUCUCUCAGCAUCUUUGCUGCGAACAGAUUGAAUAUACAUGUCCUGGAUACUCAACACCGUACCCAAGCUCACGAUUCCCACAAAAAUGCGACCUGGCAGAACCAUGGCGAUGUGGUGAUAAGCAGUGUAUGCCAAGCUUUUCUUGCCAACCAUCAAAGCGGAAUAGCUGGUUGUGUUGUUCGGUUGGACUGGCUCGAGCUCAAUUCACCUGCCCGUUUGCUGGUCAAGAACCUGUUCUCACUCAGCAAGGAGGUAACCAUUUCUGUUCCAGGCCUGGUACACAAGUGGACUGUCCUCAAAAUGCUGUCUGUGUCUCUGCUGGUGACUCAAAUGAAACUAACAUAUGUUGCAGACCAGCUGCUGCUGAGACAAUUCCCGAAUGCCCCAAUGGUGGAAUCCGCCAACCGUCACCAGCUGGGUACAAAAGCUGCUCGAUAAACUCGUUGAAUGACUGCGAUCCGGGGUAUUCAUGUGUUCGAGCCUCGAACGACUUCUCUAUCCAACUAUGCUGCUCUGCUUCAACUUCUGCUGCAGAGCCUGUGUGUCCCAAUCAGGGCUUCCUUUUGAAGGAGCGUGGUCGCCCCGUGUACUGUUCUGCCGAUCAGCCUCAUCUGUGCCCAACUAACUACCCAUGUGAGUCAGCUGUUGGUGCACCUGGAACCUAUGUCUGUUGUUCACCAUCAACAAUAUCCUGUCCUACACGAUAUUUACCGUUUUUGGAUCCAAACGGUAACAAGAUCAUGUGUUCUCUAUCGAAUGUCAACGAUUGCCCUGUCGGAUCUACCUGCACACAGUCUAUGCAAUCACCUACAGUACACCUAUGCUGUAAGGAUGAUUCAGGCCCUCCAUUGUGUCCAAGCAAAAGAAGGGCAUUCAUAUCUGCCUAUGGGACAGUGGAAACGUGUAGCGAGCCAGGGUUACCAUGUAGUCAGGCCGAAUAUACGUGCCAGUUCUCUGAUCCUCUUGGCCAGUACAUCUGCUGCAGCCAUGACCGUGUACCGGCGUACUGCGCAAACGGACACAAAAUCUAUGAGCAGAUCGCUGGCGAAACGUAUACAUGCAACCCUCGGCAAGUUCCAUCUUCAUGCCCUGUUGGAUACGAAUGUUCCCCAUCUACACUGCCCGAAACUAGCGUUUGCUGUGCUACCACUACAACCGUUCCACCCCUUCCGCCCAUAACAUUACCUCCUCCUACGGCAAUCACACAAUGUCCACCUGGUUGGGAACCUUAUCGCAACGACUUGGACAAUAAGGAGAGAAGCUGUACUGGCCAAACUGAUACCACGAACCAGCCCAAUCAGUGUCCGAGAGGCUACACCUGCGAGCAGAGCAUUAUCCCUUCGAUCUCCCUCUGCUGUAGUGGAGUUGCAAGACCUGAACGUCUACUCUGCACAGAUGGCAAAUCACCUUCCCUUCUGAAUGGAUUCAUUCGGAGCUGUCCAGUUGAAGGGCAGACUGAAGGUUGCCCCAAUGGAGACACCUGCCAGAGAUCCACUACGGGAAUGUUAGUGUGCUGUUCGAGUUCGUCUUCCUCCGCAGACGUCUGUCCACAGAACAGGUGCAACAGCUCAAGCGAGUGUGGCCGUGGUUUCUUCUGCAACGAAUCUAAUGUGAGCGGUGUCCGGGUUUGCUGUUCUUCUGGGACUAUGUCGGCAGAUGAUGCUUCGCCGUUGGCGUCGAAAGUGAGUGUGGCCAAGAUAGAUGAAGAUGAAUGGGUAGUUGUCGAGGGCUAA